UCAAUUGUCAUAGUCAUCAUCACGGGAAAAUAAAACUGUUGCGUUGUUUUUAGUUUGUGGCUUGUGGUAAUAAUUUCAGAUUAAGUGCAGUUUGUGUAGUGCAGUCGUGCAGUGCAGUUAAAUAUUUGUUAAACAAAUAUCUUCGUGACAUGUUUUAAAUUAGUGGAUAGUGAAUAGUGCAAAAUGCCACCUACCGUUCAAACAAAUGAGCCGGAAAGAGACAAACGUCCACAGCGGACAGGCGAAAGGAGAUCGGAGCUGGUGACACGAGUGAAAUACUGCAAUACACUACCCGAUAUACCAUUUGACUUAAAGUUUAUCACGUAUCCAUUUUCAUCAACACGAUUCAUACAAUAUAAUCCGACCUCUUUGGAAAAGAAUUAUCGGUAUGAAGUACUUACGGAGCACGACUUGGGUGUGCACAUAGACCUGAUAAACCGAGACAUAUAUCAAGGAGACGGCAAUGCUGUACUGGAUCCCGCUGACGAGAAACUAUUGGAAGAUGACAUCCUCACUCCUCAGGACUCGAAGAGGUCGCGACAUCAUGCUAAGAACGUAUCAUGGUUGCGUCGCUCUGAGUAUAUUUCUACUGAGCAGACUAGGUUCCAGCCUCAAUCUAUGGAGAAGGUUGAAGCGAAAGUGGGUUACAAUGUCAAGAAGAUCUUCAGUGAAGAAACUCUUUACAUGGACCGAGAGAGUCAGAUCAAAGCCAUUGAAAAGACAUUUGAGGACAACAAGAAGCCUAUAGAGAAGCAUUAUAGCAAGCCAGGAGUUACUCCAGUGGAAAUUAUGGAAGUAUUCCCUGACUUUGAUAUGUGGAAGUAUCCUUGUGCUCAAGUCAUAUUUGACUCGGACCCUGCUCCUGCUGACAAGAACAUUGCUGGACAGAUCGAGGCCAUGUCUCAGGCUAUGAUUCGAGGUGUGAUGGAUGAAAGUGGAGAGCAAUUCGUGGCGUACUGCUUACCCACAGAGGAAACAAUACAGAAACGUCGCCGUGAUAUUGCUGAGAACAUGCUCUACAUGGACGGUGACACAUAUGAGUACAAAAUGGCUAGAGAGUACAACUGGAACGUCAAGAGUAAAGCCUCUAAGGGUUACGAAGAAAACUAUUUCUUGGUUAUCCGCAACCAUUGUGUCUACUAUAACGAGUUGGAGACCCGCGUACGCCUAUCCAAGCGCCGCGCACGCGCCGGUGUGGCUGCGCAGGCGCUGACUCGCUUGGUCGUCACACAUCGACCGCUUAGCGCAGCGGAACAUCGCAUGCUGAGGCUGCGAGAGAAACAACUGGAGCCGCCGCAGGAGGAAGACGAGGAAGAGGAGGAAGAUGAAGACGAUGAUGAGGAGGAUAAGCAGGAGCAGAAUGGAGAGAAAGAGAGAUCACGAUCUCGUUCAAAAUCUGGUUCGAAGUCGCCUCAAGGUUCAGAUCGUUCAAAAGGUUCAAAAUCAAGAUCGAGGUCUGGAUCACGGGAUCGCUCCCGGUCGAGGUCCAAGUCUAAAUCGAAGUCCAGGAGUCGGUCUCGUUCUGGAUCUGGUUCCAGAAAAUCCAGAAGUCGCUCUCGUUCUGGGUCUGCUCGUUCGGGAUCCGCGAGAUCCGGUUCAGCUCAAUCUCGUUCCCGCUCCCGUUCCCGCUCUCGUUCACGAUCUCGUUCAAAGUCUGGUUCCCGCGCGUCGUCCCGAGCGUCUUCCCGCGCCAGCUCUAAAAGUGGAAAGGGAUCUCGCGCCAGUUCUGCAAGUGGAAGGGCUUCCAGGGCCAGUUCUAAAGCCAGCGGCAAUGGUUCAAGAGCAAGUUCCAGGGCGAGUUCACGUGCCUCAUCUCGGGCAAGCAAGCGAUCCUCGCGGGCAUCCUCGAGGGCAUCCCGUGCCUCAUCCAAGUCUAAAGCUUCAGGCUCCAAGGCAUCUUCUCGGGCAAGUUCUAGAAGAAACUCCGGCUCUGGAAGUGGGUCUGACAGGUCAAGAAGUAGAUCUGGAAGUGGAUCUAGGAAGGGUUCCCGAAGCCGCAGUGGUUCGGCAUCCAGUGGAUCAUCACGACACAGCGGCUCUGAUUGAAAUUACAAUUAUUCACAUUAAAACUUGUAGUAGUAUCCUCAAAGAUAUUUAGAGGUUUAUUCGAGUAAUGUAGAUUUACUGAUCAGCAGAUGAUUUAGCCCUUUCUAUAUCGUCAUCUGUGGUCCACUGUUUGUCAUAAGACUCUUCUAUAGCGCACCACCACAUACUUUCUAAUAUACUGUCUCUAAAAUCUACGCUCGAGUAAAUCUCCAUCUACUACUACUAAAAUUGUGUUCAAUACUAUUGAAUGAUUUGCUGCAAUCUGAACCCUUGUAUAGAAUAAUAAAUUCAAUAAAUAUUGCAAGAAUUUA